AUGACGAAGUUAACAGAAAAUGAUUCAGAUAUAGGUGCAACAGAGCAAUUAGCUGCACACCCUGCCAAACUUCCAACUCAAAUAGAUGAGAAAAAAAGUCUACCAGCACCAAAUAUUGUUCCUGAUGGAGUUUCUCCACCAAUACAACAUCCAUUAGAUCCAUUAAAUGCUGAUGAAAUAAAUUUAACAACACGAUUACUUUUGGCAUCAUCAAAGUUUCAAAAACAUAUGCGUAUUAUAGCAAUAACUCCAAAUGAACCUGACGAUAAACAUUCUGUUGUUAAUUAUAAAUCAAAAGAUCAAUUACAACGACGUGCUACUGCAACAGUUCGUGAUCCCAAAGGUCGAACAACUUAUGAAUUUGUUGUUGACUUAACAAAUAAAACUAUUGAGAAAUGUACUGAAUUCAACAACGCUCAACCAGGUUUAACAUUUGAUGAAAUGAUUGAAUCUGACGAUUUACUCCGUGAAAAUAAAGAUUUGUUAGCUGCAUUUGCAAAAAGAAAUAUUAAUAUGAAUGAUGUCGUUUUUUAUCCAUUUUCAUCUGGUUAUCGUGAUGAAACAGAUGCAUCAUCUAAAAGACGAAUCUAUCGUCCAUAUGCUGCUGUUAGAAAACAUCCAGAAGAUAAUUAUUAUGCACAUCAUAUCGAUGGUCUUGUUAUUACUGUUGAUUUAGAUUCGUUUGAAGUGGAAGUUGAAGAUCAUGCCAUUAUACCAAUACCGCCGAAAUCUGGUAAUUAUGAUCCAGAAGGUAUCAAAUCACCAGAUAAUGUACCCUAUUUUCCUGAUGGUAUUCGAAAAGAUCUUAAACCAUUUAUUAUUACUCAACCUGAAGGUCCAUCAUUUCAAAUAGAUGGCUAUCAAAUUUCAUGGCAAAAAUGGCGUAUUAGAGUUGGAUUUAAUGUUCGAGAAGGUCUUACAAUGAAUAUGGUUGAAUAUUUUGAUCAAAAUCGUUAUAGACCUAUCUUUUAUCGAGCAGCUAUUUCUGAAAUGUGGGUUCCAUAUGGUGAUGGUAGUCCUGCACAUAACUUUAAAAAUGCGUUUGAUGUAGGCGAAGUUGGUAUAGGCAUAUUAACAAAUAGUUUAGUACUUGGAUGUGAUUGUUUGGGUGAGAUUCGUUAUCUGGAUGGUAUUGUUAAUAAUAAUCAAGGUCAAGCAUUAUUAUUAAAAAAUGCUAUUUGUAUUCAUGAAGAAGAUGUUGGAUUACUUUGGAAACAUACCGAAUUUGUUGAACAACGUGUUCAAUGUCGUCGUUCAAGACGUCUAGUUAUUUCUUCAAUGAUCACAGUGGGUAAUUAUGAAUAUGGUCUGUACUGGUACUUUUACCAAGAUGGUACUAUUCAAUUUGAAGGUAAACUUAGCGGAAGUAUUGCACCAGGUGCAUACGAAAUUGGUAAACCACCUGUAUCUGGUGGAAUUGUUGCUGAAGGAUUAUAUGGUCCACAUCAUCAACACUUUUUCAAUAUGCGUAUUGAUUGGAUGCUUGAUGGAAUGAAAAAUUCUCUCGUCGAAGUUAAUUGUGAACCAAUACCAAAAGGACCACAAAAUCCAGCAGGAAAUGCUUGGAUAGCACAAGAAACAAUCUUAAAAACUGUUGGUGAAGCACGUCGAUUACAUGAUGAUAAAAAGGGUCGUGCUUGGAAAAUUAUUAAUAGUCAAAGUAAAAAUCAUGUUAAUCAACCAGUUGCUUAUAAAAUUAUUCCAUCUGGUCCACCAUGUUAUCCGUUAUGUGAUGAAGAUUCUUGUCAAGGUCGUCGAGGUGUAUUUGCCCGUAAUCACAUAUGGGCAACACAAUAUCAUCCAGAAGAAUUAUAUGCUGCUGGUCUUUUUCCUAAUCAAUCUCCUGGUGAUGACGGUAUUGCUACUUAUAGUGAAAAACAUAAAAAUGAAUCAUUAGUUGAUAGUGAUCUUGUUACUUGGUAUACAUUUGGUGUUACACAUAUUGUACGACCUGAAGAUUGGCCUAUUAUGCCUAUCGAAACAUGUGGAUUUCGUUUGAAACCUUAUGGAUUUUUUGCUGGAAGUCCAGCGUUAGAUGUUCCACCACCGGUUGCAAAGGAAUCUGUUAGUUUAGCUGCUUCUAUAUUUGUCAAUAAUGGUGCUGAUAAUAAUAAUCUAUCGGAUACAGAUAGUGAAUUAUAUAUUCUUGGUAUUAAAUACAAAACUCCAAAUGACAUCUAUGCAAUUAGUGAUGACGUUACAAGUAGAUUUUGGUUUACAUAUCGAUAUGGAUUUGCUCCAAUUGGUAGUCCAUCGGGUCCAACAAAAGAUACAGGUUGGGGUUGUAUGAUGCGUUGUGGUCAAAUGAUGUUAGCAGAAGCUUAUCUUCGAUUUUUUCUACCAGCUGGAAGAUAUUUUCGAUGGCGACAAAAUAUAACUGAUUCAACAUAUUGGGAAAUUUUAAAUAUGUUUACUGACAAACGUCAUUCAUCUUAUUCUAUUCAUCAAAUCGUUCUAAUGGGAAAUUCUGAAGGAAAAAAUAUCGGACAAUGGUUUGGUCCAAAUACAAUUGCUCAAGUACUUCGACGAAUUGCUUCCAAUGAAUUUGAUAAACAGAUUCAUGUACAUGUCGCAAUGGAUAACACACUUGUACUUGACGAUAUACGUAAAGUAUGUAAAAUAAAUUCACAAAUUCCGAAUUUAAUUAAAAAAUCUACUGAUUCACAAAAUAAUUGGAAACCUUUGGUAAUUAUUAUACCGCUAAGAUUAGGUUUAAAUGGUGUUAAUAUAGAAUAUAUCGAUCAAAUAAAAUCAUGUUUUCGUUUGCCACAAACACUUGGAUUCAUUGGUGGGAAACCUAAUCAUGCACAUUAUUUUGUUGGUUAUCUAGAAAAUGAUGAACUUUUAUAUCUUGAUCCACAUGUAACACAAGCAUAUGUAGAUACUAGUAUUACUUCAGAUGAUGUAUCUCAUCAUUGUGAUAGAAUCAAUCGAAUGAAAUUUACUGGACUUGAUCCAUCCCUUGCUUUAGCAUUUGCUUGUAAAACUGAAAGUGAAUUUGAUGAUUUAAUUGUGAAAUUAAGAGAAAAUCCGUCUUCAAGACCAAUGUUUGAAAUAUGUGAAUCGAAUCCAUUUGAUGCUCUGUCAAAUUCAACAGAUCAGCAUGAAGUGCUGGUUUUCGAUUCUGAUGAUGAUGAUUUUGAACUGGUGUAG